CGCAAUAACAAUGAAUCAUAUGUUUACGAUGAGUCCUCUGAUUUGGAUAAUGGAAAAAAUCACAGAGAGGUCAAUAAUGAAAUUGACAAUAUUGCUAAUGAAGAUAUAUAUCUUUUAUCUCAAGAGACUUCGCAGAAUGUGAUGGAAGGUGUCUACAAAAUAAUCGAAAAAAUAAAAUCUAUUAACUACCGAUUAUUUGAUUACAAAAUCAUCAACCUUUCAGAGCGAAAUAUCACAAAUCCUGUUAAUAAAUUAUCAAGUUCUGAAAAACAUACCCUAAAGGAUAUUUGGAACUCGUUGGAGCCAUCUGAUCAAUCAAAAACAAUCCGUCUUGAAAAAUGGAAAAAAAAUAUAAAUCCCCUUGUACAAAAGUACCAAUCUCAUUUAGAAAGUAAAUCCGUAUUCGAUGUAAUUUCCUUGAGUGAUACUAUUGAGGUCAUUCUUGAAAAACCAUAUACCGGAAAAUUUAUUCAUAAAGAACAUUAUGAUCUUAUAUGGGUGCAGGAUAUUUAUAAACGAUUUCUAUUUCUUUUCGAUGCACCCACCAACUUACUAUUGGAUCCGGAUCAAUGUGAACUUUCUUAUCGAGAAAAUUUUGUAAAUCCCAUUAUUGUUAAAGUUUUUGACGACAUCAUGGAUUUAAUCAAG